UUACCUAGUCAGCUCCACUCUUCUUGAAGAGGCUUUUUGGACUUCCGCUCUUCGAUGGCGUUUUCUGAAGGUGAUUUUGAGAAAGGGAAGAAGCUUUUCGUUCAACGAUGUGCACAGUGUCACACCGUUGAUAAAGGUGGUCCUCACAAAGUAGGACCCAAUCUAAAUGGUUUGUUUGGACGUAAAACUGGUCAAGCUCCUGGAUAUACAUACACUGCUGCCAACAUUAGUAAAGGUAUAAUAUGGAAUGAGCAGACUCUAUAUGAAUAUUUGGAAAAUCCAAAAAAGUAUAUCCCUGGUACAAAGAUGGUGUUUGCUGGUUUAAAGAAGGAAGCUGAUCGCAAUGAUAUUAUUUCCUAUCUUAAAGAAGCAACAAAAUAAGAAUAUUCUAAAUAUCUGACUUCUAGAUUUUACUUUGUUGUAGCAGUUCUUUAAUUAACUAAAUAUGUAUAGAGACAUAAAACCUGAGCUUCCAAGUAUGUGAAAAUGAAUGCUCUUGGCUGUGUAUUUCUGAUCUCUUCUGAGGUCAAUAUACUAUGAUAAUUCAGUUUCUGAGAUUUUUGUAAAAUUAACACUAGUGUAAACAUAUUAACAUAAUAAUGAAGUGUUUCUAAUUUC